ACCACCAGCAGCCACCCCUUCCCAUUGUCUGCGCAGACUUUCUUACAGCUUCCACUGGGGUCUUGUUACUCGUGCAAUUCAGUUAUGUACGUGAAUAAAUUAAGUGUUCAUGUGAUCAACGCAAUAUGCACGUGACGACCAUAAAAAAUGUUUCAACUGAAACAGUGGUUGUUUUUCCGGGCCUUCAUGUCUCGUUGACUUGCGUGUUCGUCGACUAGCGAUUGAUCGGUAGUCGAAACUUGAAAAACUGUGCUGAUAGGAAUAAUGUGGAACAAGCCUGUAGCUUGACUGUUUGUCGAAAAACAUAUAACCAAACAUUUUGUCUCGGUACUUGCCAACAUUGACAAUUACCCUGUACUCGCACCUUUGCUUUGUCGAGUUGACGAACCGUUUCGCCACGUUCGCGACUACUCCGUCUUUUCGGUGGGUGCCGCUCUGAGCUCUGUGCGCGUCGAAGGACGUACUGGAGGCCAAUAUGCGGAUUAACCUUGUAGCCAAAGUAGCACUAGCGAUCAGUUUCGUCGCGAGCACAGAAACUGCGGGGGUAACUGCCAUUUUGAGAAGAAUACGAAAUGCCCUUUUCUCCGCCGGAGCUGGGAAUCCCUCUCCGACCUCGGCCCCAGGGCUCGAACGUUGGUUACACCAUGGCGUUUAUUUGGAACAGCUUGGAGGUCAAGAGAAGGAACAUUUGACAAUGCGAGCUGAAGAGUGGCAUCUGGUCAGCGGUGCAGUGUCCAUGCGAGGCAGGCGACCAACUGAUGAAGAUACCAUGGUCGUGGUCGCAGCGAUUCAUUCACAUAGAAAUAUCCGUAUUCAAGCGCUGUUCGAUGGACAUGGUGGCCCGAACGUCGCCCAAUUCGCUGCCAAUCGUCUCCAAUCUCUCUUCGCGAGACAGAAGGGAUACUCUCGACGCGAUCUGGAAAAGAUUUGCCACGCCUUGGAUGAGGAACUCAAAAAGAACAACGUCCGUCGCGGCGGUUCCACGGGGGUAAUAAUGGUAAUUGAAAAAGUGGAAAAGCCGGAAAAAGUCAUCGUCCGCGGAAGGCAAAUUCUGAAGGACCCGGGCCUCACACCCCUCAAAGAGCACUAUCGAAAACAGGCAGGACCCGCUGAAGAAAUAACUCUGGGGACCUCUGAGACUCCAUUUCGUCUUCACGUUGCGAACGUUGGAGACAGCCGGGCGAUGUUGGUUUUAGAGGACGAAUACUAUGAGAUGACAAAAGACCACAAGCCCGAAGAUCCCGAAGAAAAGAGCCGCAUCCUGCGAGCAGGAGCAUCCGUCACCGAUUCAGAGGGAACGUCUGUCCCUCGAAUCGACGGGAGUCUAGCUCUCAGCAGAUCAUUCGGCGACUUCUCCCUCAAACAGGGAAGUGGCUCCACACCCGACGCGGUGAUUUCCACUCCAGAUGUCCGGCAGUUCUAUGCUGGUUACAAUGACUUACUUGUUCUCUUUUGUGACGGUGUGACGGAGCCUGUUGCUUCGAGCUGGCCCCAAGUGGCGGCAUACACUCGAGAGAUCUUCGUACAGACAGGUGAUGUUGUGAAGACUGCCGUGGCUCUUGCCGAACAGGCUUACUCAGCAGGGUCGCAAGACAAUCUCAGCGCAGUAGUUACCAGGUUGCGUCCGGAUCCAGCAGAGGUUCCUGUCGCGACUCUUCAUGCCCACGCAUGGAUGCGAGGGAUACUGCGAACGGUACACACUGAAGAUUGGUCACACCGACUACAGACGGAGAACAAAAACUUUUUCCUGCCACUGUUUUGAGCACUUGAAGAAACAUUCUGCCAGGUUCUUGGUCGAUUGUCUUGCAAAUAUCUGCCAGACGCUCGUCGUUCUGGGCUGAAAUUCGAAUCAAUUUUUUAUGGCAAGGAGGGAGAUUCUGGAGACGUGCACAGAGAAUGCGUGAGCAUGGACGCAGGACUUAUAUGUUCAUGAAAUAUGUUCUGUACGAGAGAACCGCGGCGGGCCGAAACGUUUCCUAGGAGAGCUAUUCCACCUGUGACACCCCAUGGAACAUUGGCAUCUGAUGUUCCGUAGUUUCUAUUGAGACGCUCGGGCCAGUUGGUACUAAUGUACGCAAAAAAAGGAUAGGGGGUUCUCGGUCGACUUCUCGUAAGUGGAGCCGCUGGUACCACGUUUUUCCUUGUUUAUAAGCCGGUGUUUCACUCUUUGUUUACUCUUCGACUCAUCGCAAUUGUGUGUAGCCAAAGACGUGGAGACUUCGUUAAAAGUAAUCGAGAACUCUGAGGUGGAGAUGCAAGGACAGACUGUUCGAGUACGUUGUGGUUACCGCAUAGAACGCCCUACAGCCGUGCGAUUCACUACUUCCAUUGAUGACUAUAACAAGAUGCCGU